AUGGGUGUUAUCGUAGGCCCUGAGCGUCUGCACAUGCCGCAGGACCAUGAUAGCUUUUACACUGUCGAAGAAUUAACGAGUCUCCUCAGUCCUGUCCGCCAACAGGGUCCCCAUGACUGGGUGGGCUUGUAUGGCGAAUUGCAUAAGAUCUUCGACCUGACCUUGGAAGGCGCCCACAUCGUUAUAUUCCCCUCUUGGGGCAUCGAGCGCAAAGAUUGUUUUUGCUGCUGUGGCGCCGCUGUCCCCAAAUGCAGCGGAAAUGUUGAUAUGAGGGUUGACGUUCAGCAGGGAGAAGACCUCUUGUGCAUUCCUCAGCAGCUCUGGCCAUUAAAUACCGACGAUCACAUCGGUAUUGAACGCGACAUCGCUGUGGAUCUCAUCUUGUAUAUCUUUCAGAGUCGUCCAAAAACGGCCGAAUUGGACACUGAGUUUCCGUACAAGGCCAACCCAUGA